GACAAAACAUCAGACAUUGGUGUAGGGAACUCAUUCAGUGUCUUCAGCUGUCAAAGGUUUCACUCUGAAGAAUGGGAGAGGUCUAUGUUAAUGACACUUUACAGGACAUGAGGGAUUAUUACAACAGCAACUUCAACGACUUUGAAUUUAAAAAAAUACUAUUCAUCAUAAAUGUGGUGACAUGCAUAAUCAUUAGUAUCGGACUUCCUUUGACCCUCGUGGCCAUCUAUGCUCUUUAUUCUCUGGUGGGAAAGUAUAAUGUUGCUCCGAUCUACGUCAUCAACCUUCUCAUUUCUGACCUCAUUCAGUUCUGCUGCUUGAUCGGUUUGGUGGCAAAAUCUGAGGACCAGAAAAUAACCGUUGUUAUUUACUUCUCUAGUCUGUUGGCCAGUGUUUACUUCAUGGUGUGCAUCGCCCUGGAAAGGUAUUUGGUCAUCGCCUGCCCACUGUGGUACCGCUUCAGACGAUCCAUCAAGAGCUCCGUGGUGGUCUGUGUCCUGGUCUGGGUUUUUCCUCUUAUCUUUUUCAUCGGUUAUGUAUUUUGGUAUGUUCCAGAUUUUAUAAUGAAUAUCACUUUGUUCAUAUUUUUCCUCCUUCCCCUCCCACUGCUCAUAUUCUUUCUGCUUGGGACCCUUAAAGCCCUGUCUGCUUCCAUCUUAGUUACUGCUGAUGAAAAACGACGAAUUGUGGCAAUGUUGGUCCUGCUGCUGCUUAUUUACACGCUGCUGUCUCUACCCAGAAUCAUCAUGCUUCUGAAAAAACAUGACAUAAAUGACAUCCCCCUCCACAUCCUGUGUGAUGUGUUUCUUAAGUUGAGUCCUCUUGCAGACUUAGUUCUGUAUGUUUUCAUGAGGAAAAGGGCCAUAGACAAGCUUUUGGCCUAUGUGUGUUGUUGCAGAAUGGACAGCAAUGAUGUCAGCAGUUCAACAGUAUGA